AUGAAGACCCCGGAUUUUAAAUUUUUUCGUUUACCAGCUUAUCGAGGUCACUGUUCCAGUGAACAUUGUUCCACCAUACAUUCAAACAAUAAAAUUAUAAAAUUAAUGUUGAUGUUCGUUUCUUAUUGUCUUCCACUUGGUCAACGUGAAACUGUUGUGAGAAGCGACUUCAUGUCUGUGCUUAAAGAUCAAAAACAUUGCGAAAGCAUCAAACUCUACUUCAAUGUUGGCCUUCUAUGCGCAGACCCUAUUCAUUUUCAACAAUUUAACAUUUCGUCUACAAUAAUGGAUUUCAAGCCAAAAAAACCAACAGCGAUUUGCAGAUUAUUUUCCUAG